AUGAAUUAAAAACUUAGCCAUCAAAAGGGAGUUUUAAAGUGUAGGCCCUUAGGUCCUAGCUAUAGUCCUAUUAGUGGUAAUUUGAUACAACAACUUCCAAUGACCGGUCCCAUAUCUUUUUGUAGGACUAAAAAACACACAUUAUUAAAGCCACAACAAGACAGAGAUGACACUUAAAACUCGAACAAUUCUAGUAUGUCAAGAGAUCAAAAUUUUGAUAAAAACUCAGAAAUAAAAUCCUCAAAAUCUUCUAGCUAAAUAUCCUCAAGAAGGUAGGGGUAAAGAAUCUCAGAAAAAAGAGCUGAUGAUUCGAUGGUUAAUUCCUUCUCAUCUUGUGAUCUAAGUUAAGAUGAUAAAAAUACGAAAUUUCGAAAUGCUCCACUAGAUAACCUAGACCUAAAAGCCUAUACAUUUAGUGAAAUGAACGAAUAUGUUUUGUAGUAAGAAUCCAAUCAGAAAUUAAAUCGAUUCAAAGAUAAAGAUAUUAUAUCAAAGUUUCUGGUUAAAAACGAUGCAGGAUAGAGUAAUGACGAUUCUCAUCACCUUAGAGUCGAGAUCAUAGAUGACAGAUAAAAAUCAUUUAAAUAUGUAAUAGAUUAAGAUGGAUUCUCUAGUAAUCCUAUUAUGAGAGACUCAAAUUACUCAAAUAAUGUGUCACUGAUGAAUCUUAGAUUACCUUAUAGCUCUAAUUCAAGACAGAAAUUUGAUUAUAGAAUUAGGGAUAAAUUUAAGUAUGACGAUAUUAGUGAAUGCAUUGAAACACUUAAAAAUGGAAUUGAGGCGAUAAAGUACCACUACUCGAAAAGAAGUCACAAGCUGAGCUAGGUGUCAUUAAGCGAGGACGAAAAUUACUUAUAAUGGUAAAAAAAGAAUAUUAAAGGAGUUAUCAAGACUAAAAAAUCUAUUCUAGAUUUAAGUACUAUAACUGGCUUCAUUUAUGGGGCAUUUACUUGUACUUUUACUUAGUAUCGAGAAGAUAUUUUCAAAUCAGUUUAAUAGAAAAAUAAAUAGAGGACUUUGACUUCAAGUCCAUCUAGUUUAGAUAAAACUGGUACAUUCAUUGAGUAAAAAGGAAGUAUGAAAAGAUCAAGUAUUUAAGGACGCAGAAAUAUAUAUUUUCGUGAGCCAUUUUAAUGUUGGCAAUGUGUGUCCCUAUUUACUGAAUUCAGAACCAUUGAUUUUGUAAUUUUGGAGGAAGAUGAUUUGUUUUCAUUUUUAAACUUCAUACAAAGCAAGGUAAUUGCAAAUAAGACCAAAUUUUACUCGAGUUAAAUAAGAAAAAAAAUUGAGAAGGGCUAAAAGAGAUCAAAAGAAAAAAGAAAAAGUUCUGUUAUUAUCAGACCAUUAGAGAUGAUUUAAAUAAGAAAACUCAGAAAUGAUGAUGAAAUUAUCUUAGAUGAUCCUCAUUUUUCAUGGGCUAGAAUGUUUAAGUUUCAAGAGGAUGAUGAAGAUGAUUUAGAAAAUAUAGAUGAAAUGGAUAUAGAUAUCGAAUCAGGCCAAAAAAUUACAAAUUAUAAUGAAAAAGUUGGAGAUUAAAAGUUUCACAUAUCACCAAUCAUGAUUCCUUAGCAAAAUAAUGUUUCAAGGCAAGUGAAUAUCUAGGAAGAGCUAAAAGUUUCUGACUAAGAUUAGGAUGAGACUAUCAAGGAAUCUUACAUUGAUACAUUUGGCAACAAAGAAAUUAAAAUAAAUCUAAAAAAAUUUACGAAUGGUACAUCUGAUAGUUUAUCUAAUAAGCAAACAGUAGAAUUAAAUCAAUUUUUAACAAUAAAUUUUGGUACUGAUGAGUCAAGCAAGUUUAGAAAAACCUAAAUCCUCAACUAAGAUCAAUAUAUGGAUUUAUCUUGCAAAAAUAAACAAACCAGCUUACUAAGCAGACCUUUAAGCGAUCUUGACAAUAAAAGUUCAUUGAGUAAUUAAAAGUCAUCUUACACUAAAAGUGAUAUAGCAUAAGCCAUUAAAAUGAAAAAAUUUGGAAAACUACUUGGUUUUAAGACUGCUGGAGUUGGAUCAGAUCCAAGUUAUUAAAUGAUUAUUGAUAAAAAAGCAGAUGCAUUAGAUAGAUUUGAAUCUUUUCUUAAAUUACUUAAAAAGUAAGAGGUAUAUUUGAAUGUACUAAGUUAUCUCCAAAGAUCAGCAUCUUUAAUCAAGCAAGAUACUAUUCUUAGAAAAUAUCUUUCAAAUGAUUUCAAAGAUGACGAAUUGGAUCAGGACACACCUGAAAAAGAUCCAAAGAUAUUACUUAAAAAAAGAAGAACAUAACUCAUUAGAAAAAGUUUAAACAUUUUAAUGUAGCAAUCAAUAAUUGAAUAAAGAACGCAAGUCACAGAAAACAUUCUAAAUAAGAGUAAGAGUGCUUCUAGUUUUUUCUCUAAAUUCUUCUGUUUAAAAAGUACUGAAAAAAGCUUAAACCUUGAAAAUGAUCUUGUAAAAUCAAGAUCAGUUGACAGACUUACGAUUUCUGGUAUUAUGACGGAGCAAAGAAGUACAAACAGCCCAGGAGAUAAAUGGAGAUAGAAGAAAGUCAAUAAAGAAUAAAAAAAGAUAAAAGAAAAUGCUGAAUCAGAUAUAAUCAGAGUAUAGUAACUAUAGCUAAAAUAAAUGCUAAAUUUAAGGGCUAAAGGACUCAUUAUUGAUCAUGUUGGAGGCAAGAAAAGCACUGGAGCAACAAAUUCAAUACUUGAAAAUCCGCUUAAUUUGGUUAACAAUUUCCAAAGUGAUAAUUAAAUAGGUAGUGACAAUAUAUUGGCUGAUUUUGAAAAUUCUUCCUUCUAAAAAUCAAUAGUUUCAAAAAAUAAUUCUCUGACUAAAUUACAGAAUAAACGUUCAAGUGUAAAUACAACCAAUGGUGUUCUAGUCUCCGCUGUUCCAAUGGAUUCCUAAAGAGUUAAUUAACUCUUGAAGUAAACAAUAUACUAGUAAGCAGAUGACGACUUUCAAAGCGUAAAUAAGUUGCUUAAUGUCGUUAAAAACUUUAACAAGAAGCAAAAGAUAUUACUAGAGAACAUAAACAAUUAGGAGGUGUUCUUUGCUCCGAAGCUAGCAGAACUUGGACAGUGGAGAUUUAUUAGAUCAAUGGCUUAAAAAUAGUAAAUACAGUAGUAAGAGUUCUAGCAGAAGCAGCAAUAACGAAAAAUGUCAAAAGUUUAAAGCUAGGGUAUUAAAAGCCAAAAAUGA